GCUCUCACGGAGUACCCAUGCCCUUCCUGAGACAAGUCCCUUUGUCCUUCACUACAGGACUACGCAACGUCUAAAGCAUACUGGCCAUCGCUACGCAGCACUGCACUGAAGCUGUGCUUCUUCUCCAGGAUCAAUCUUUGAAGCUGGGGUUAUAUAGCUUGUCUCCAGCGGCUUGCUGGAGCGGAGAAGGGAGGAGCCUGUGGCCCAUGUGUUAGAGCGCGGUCGUUUCUGGUUGAGGUUUCGGGUUGGUUCCCCCAGUACUUGAUAUCAUAUAUGGCACUGGGUAUGAGUUAAUGUGAGGACCAUGCCAUGUUAAACUAUUUCUUCUCACUAGGAUACAGAAGGUCCAAGCUAGCUGAUAUAACAUGAGUACAGAAAAUUAUAUACCGUUCAUAUCUUACAAGAGAUUACAAAUGAAUUCUCAGAGCACUCAAGAAUUGGAAGGGGUGGAUAUGGAGACGUUUACAAGGGAGUAUAUGAUGGGAGAGAGAUUGCUGUGAAGUUGCUUCAUGUUGAUACUCUGCGGGGACUUGACGACCAACAAUUUAAAAAUGAAGUUGGUAACCUUUUGAGGGCCAAGCAUCAAAAUAUCGUACAGUUAGUUGGUUAUUGUUAUGAAACAAGGAAGAGAUAUGUUGAUAACAAUGGUGCGAACGAUUUUAGUGAGCGCAUAUAUAAAGUCAUCUGCUUUGAGUACUUGAAGGGUGGAAGCCUAGACAAGUGUCUUUAUGGACAAUCUUUUGCACCUAAUUGGAGCACACGUUACAAUAUUAUGAAGGGGAUUUGUGAAGGUUUGAAUUUCCUUCACAAAUGUGAACCGCAAAUUUGGCAUCUUGAUUUGAAGCCUGCCAAUAUACUACUGGACAGUUCCAUGGAGCCUAAAUUGGCAGAUUUUGGAUUGUCAAGGCUCUUCACUCAAUCACACACUCAUGUCACGGAAAGAAUUAUAGGGACCUGGAAGUAUAUGCCGCCAGAAUUCAUAAAAGAAGGCAACAUCUCAUCUAAGAAUGAUGUCUUCAGUUUAGGUGUUGUAAUGAUAGAGAUAAUGACAGAAAGACCUACGGGUUACUCCACUUCUUUAGAAAUGGGUGACAUAGAAAAAUUAAUGCAGAAGGUACACACCAAUCGGGAAAAAACGAUAAAAGCCACAUCAGAAUACCCAUUGGAGGAAUCACAUCAAGUGCAGACAUGCAUCAGCAUAGCAAUGCGUUGUGUGGAACCUGACAAAAACAAACGGCCCACUAUAGCAGAAGUUCUGGAUAUUCUAAACAAGACAGAAACUCAUAUUCCCAAGAGACAGCUUACUUAAUAUAUGGCAUUGGAGGCAUUGGCAAGACAACCUUGGCACAAUUGAUAUUCAAUGACACGCAGUUCCAUGAAUACUCUCGGGUGUGGGUCUAUGUUUCCCAGGAAUUUGACUUGAAGAAAAUUGGCAACUCUAUAAUAUCACAGUUAACAAACAAGACCAGCAAUAUAUCUAACAGACAGAUGCUCUAUGAACGCCUUAAAGAGCUAUUUUCUGGUAACAACAUCCUUAUUGUUUUAGAUGACCUAUGGGAGGAGAAGCAAACAUGGUUAGCUGAAUUGAAGGUUAUGCUAGGGCUUGGCCUAGGAAGAAAGGUGAUUAUAGUAACUACACGUGAUGGAGGCCUCGCAAGGAAAAUAUGUAGUCCCACAGUUACACCAUACAAGCUGGAGACUUUGACAGUCGAUGAGUGCUGGACUAUUUUAAAACAAAAGGCCGGCUUUGAAAACCGAGUGGACAAAGAACAAUUGGAACAUAUAGGAAGGGAGAUUGCAACCAAGUGUGGAGGUGUGGCCUUGGCAGCUCAAUCACUUGGAUACAUGUUGAAUGGCAUGACAUCAGAUGAAUGGGAGUCAGUGGGAGACAGUUAUAUCUGGAAUCUAUCUACUUCAGAGGGCCAUGAAGUGCUUGCUUCCUUGCAACUAAGCUAUAGCCACAUGUCUGAUUGGUUGAAGUUGUGCUUUUCCUAUUGUGCAAUCUUUCCAAAAGGUCACAAAAUAGUAAAGUAUUAUCUAAUUCACCAAUGGGUUGCUCUUGGAUUUGUCGAGCAAUCUAGGAUAUUUGAUUCUAUGCAGCUCUGUGAGAAAUAUAUCACCCAACUUCUUGGGAUGUCCUUCCUUCAACACUCAAAGACAACUUCGGGGGAUGGACUACAAGACAAAGACGUUACAUUUUUCACAAUGCAUGACCUAGUGCAUGAUCUUGCAAAAGAGAUCUUGGCCCAUCAAGUGAACACUGGGGAAAACAAAUGCCGCUAUGCAUUGCUCACAGAUUGUGGCAAGUCAUUGCACUUGUCUGUGACUUUUCCUGCAAAUAUAAAGGCGCUACAUUUUCAGGGCUGUGGCAAGCAAGAACUUUGUGGUGGUGCAUUUUCGUCAGCGAAGAACCUCUGUGUCUUGGACUUAAGUGAAUGUUUGAUUCCGAUGUUACCUGAUUCUAUUGGUCAACUGAAGCAUUUGAGGUUUCUUCAUGCUCCAGGAAUCCAAUAUCAAAUGAUUCCCAAUUGUAUUACUGAACUCUCAGAAUUAAAUUACCUCAGCCUUAGAGACUCUCCUAAUAUCUCAGCAUUGCCAGAGUCAAUUGGUAAUAUGAAAGCUCUGAUGCACCUUGAUUUAUCACGUUGUUUCAAGAUUCGUCAACUCCCAAUGUCAUUCACGCAGCUGAAGCAGUUGGUGCAUUUGAAUUUAUGCGGUUGCAGGGUAUAUACAUCAGAAGCUUUGGGUGGCUUUACCAAACUUCAAUAUUUGAAUAUAUCAGGACAACCUAUUGUAGACGUGGUUAGGAGAGGGUUGUCAGAGGUAAUUGGCGGCCUAACAAAACUCAGGUAUCUAAAUCUAUCGUACUGCAUUGACAUUGAGGUCACAUCAUAUCAGAUUGACAACUUGCUUGCUUCUAUCAGCACACUUUCUAGUCUAGAGCAUCUGGACCUGUCAAAUAGCAAUGAUGAAGUGUUUAACAGUAUACCAGAAAGUUUUGGCAACCUCAGGAAGCUUCAUACAUUGGACCUCACAGGCUGUUUUGGCCUAGAGAAGCUUCCUGAUUGUAUGGAUCAGAUGGUUAGUCUGAAGAUUCUAAAUUUGGAACUGGAUAGUUUGGAUAAAUUGGGGGUUUCUCGGUUAAACUGUGCCUCUUUGCCAUACUUUCGGGUACAUGCUUCAAGUGAUAAACGUAGCAGCAAUAUUAUCCUGCUUCAGCCUACAAAUCCUAGUGAGCUAACGAUAGAUAGACUUGAAAACGUGAAGUCUGCAAAAGAGGCAGAGAGUAUAAAACUGAUAGAGAAACAGAAAUUUUUUAAACUAACAUUUGAAUGGACUGUAGCUUCUAGGACUCGGUUUGUGGAUGACAAGGAGUUGUUGGAAAAACUAGUGCCACCAAGCAGUGUAUGGGAUUUGGAUAUAGCUGGUUAUUACAGUAAUGUCAGCGUUCCAGAUUGGCUUAUGGGUAUCAGGCAAUAUCUCCCUAAUCUUUAUUCGUUACGUUUAUUUGAUUUUCCGAAGUGCAACAAGCUACCCCCACUUGGUCUACUACCAAAUUUAGAAUACCUGAGUCUCACCCGUAUGGACGACUUGGAAGAGUGGAACACCGCACAUUACAGUGGCAAGAAAGGUUCAAAUGAGCUCUUGUUCCCUAAUCUUUGGGAGUUGAGGAUAGAACAAUGUGCCAAGCUGAGGGUAAAGCCGUGUCUGCCUAGAGCUAAGUAUUUGUACAUAUAUGACUCUGACAAUAUGCUAUCAUCAUGGGAAGAGAGCCCUUUAGGCAGUGGUACUUCCUCCUCUUCUCCAUUAACUGAGCUGAAUGUUGCUGAAAGCAAGGUGCCCAUGCAUGAGUGGAGGUUGCUUCACCACCUCCCUGCCCUCCGUGACUUAACCAUCACCGGUUGCAGUGAUCUGACCACCUCACCUCAGAUCAUCCACAGCCUCUCCUCGCUUGAAUCAUUGCGGCUCGAGCAGGCAGAACUGCCGGGAUGGUUGGUUGAGCAACUAACUCUGUGUGGGUGUGCAAGCAUGACACUACCAGAGUGGUUAGGACAACUUCCCUCUCUCAAGAGAUUUGAGCUCAGGAACUGCAAGGGUAUCAGCUCUUUGCCGGACAGCAUACAACAACUGACCAAGCUUGAGCGUCUAAUCAUUUAUGACUGCCCACCAUUAGUGGAAUGGUGUGAAUCAAAGGAGAACAAGAGGAAGCUCGCUCACAUCACAGAGGUCGCCCCAUCAUCAUUAAGGGCCGAUAUGAUCCCAUUCAUGGUAUUUUGACUAUUUGGGAUGUGCAUCCGGAGGCGGUGCUUAGUGCUGUUGUGAUGAACACGCCUGACUUCACAGAGGAAGCUUUGAGAGUUGCCGUGUCUCAUUUGCUGGACGACAAGUUCCAGGGCAUUCAAUAUAUGAGUUUGUACGUGGAGGACCGAGCACUGUGGCUCAGGAGCUUCAUGGCAAAGCGUUACUACUAAAGCUCAACUGUUGCUAGUUUGUGGUAAUUAUUUUGCAGGGUGAUGUGAUUGUAAACACAAAUAAUAUUCUUUUGUUGUUGCAACCUACUACCUCCGUCCUAGUUUAUUGGUCCCCAUUGUAUUCCGUGUCAAAUUUUGACCAUAAAUUGGACUAACAAAAUGUU